UUGGCUCCAGUGUGGCAUUCUGCCUGCCUGACCCCGGACGAAUUAUGAGCAAGGACAGCAACUACAGUGGAGUACCUCCCCACAGAGAUGCUUCACCCUGGUUGGUUCCAGUGUGACAUCCUGCCUGCCUAAGGGAGGAAUUAUGAACAAGGACCUGAGCUGUAGACAAGUAACACGCAGAAGCCACAAGUUUUUGUAAGAACCAAGUCUACACACAACCCAAGCCAGAGCAAUGGCAUUAUCAUUGGAAGAAUUUGUUCACUCUCUUGACCUGAGGACCCUCCCCAGGGUCCUUGAAAUCCAGUCAGGCAUCUAUUUUGAAGGCUCUGUUUAUGAAAUGUUUGGAAAUGAAUGCUGUUUGUCAACAGGAGAAGUGAUUAAAAUCACUGGUCUCAAAAUUAAGAAGAUUAUAGCUGAAAUUUGUGAGAAUACUGAAGGUUGUGUGUCUCCAGAACCAUUUGAACUGCCUAUGAAUUUUCCAGGUCUCUUUAAGAUCGUGGCUGAUAAAACUCCAUACCUUACUAUGGAAGAAAUUACAAGGACCAUUCAUAUUGGACCCAGUAGACUAGGGCAUCCUUGCUUCUAUCAUCGGAAGGAUAUAAAACUAGAAAGUUUCACCAUAAAACAGGGUGAAAAAAUUAUGCUCAAUUCAGUUGAAGAGAUUGAUGGAGAAAUAAUGGUGAACUGUGGAGUAAUAAGGAAUCAUCAAAAUCAUUCAUUUACUUUGCCUUUGGCACAAGAAGGAGAAUUCUAUGAGUGUGAAGAUGAACAUAUUUAUACCCUAAAGGAGAUUGUUGAAUGGAAGAUUCCCAAGAACAGAACAAGAACUGUGAGACUUACAGAUUUUUCAAACAAGUGGGACUCAACAAAUCCAUUUCCUAAAGACUUUUAUGGUACUCUGAUUCUCAAGCCUGUUUAUGAGAUUCAAGGUGUGAUGAAAUUUCGAAAAGAUAUAGUCCGACUUCUCCCCAGUUUAGAUGUUGAAGUCAAAGAUAUUACUGACUCUUAUGAUACAAACUGGUUUCUUCAGCUGUUAUCUACAGAAGAUCUGUUUGAAAUGACCAGCAAAGAGUUUCCUAUAGUGGCUGAAGUCAUAGAAGCACCUCAAGGAAAUCAGCUGUCCAGAAGUGUUUUAAAGCCUGGAAAAACCAUCGUGAUCCACAAAAAGUACCAGGCUUCAAGGAUCUUAGCUUCGGAAAUCAGAAGCAAUUUUCCUAAGAGACACUUUUUGAUCCCCACUAGCUACAAAGGCAAAUUCAAGCGGCGACCUCGGGAGUUCCCGACUGCCUAUGACCUAGAGAUAGCUAAGAGUGAAAAGGAGCCUCUGCACGUGGUGGCCACCAAAGCCUUUCAUCCUCCUCAUGAGGAGCUGUCCUCUGUAUUCGUUGGGGACCAGUUUCUAGUGCAUCAUUCAGAGACAACUGAAGUUCUCUGUGAGGGAAUAAAAAAAGUGGUGAACGUUCUGGCCUGUGAAAAGAUCCUCAAAAAGUCCUAUGAGGCAGCCCUACUCCCUCUAUACAUGGAAGGAGGUUUCGUAGAGGUGAUUCAUGACAAGAAACAGUACCAGAUUUCUGAGCUCUGUAAACAGUUCCGUUUGCCCUUCAAUGUGAAGGUGUCUGUGAGAGAUCUUUCCACCGAAGAGGACAUUUUGGCAGCUACCCCGGGACUACAGCUAGAGGAAGGUAUCACAGACUCUUAUCUACUCAUCAGUGACUUUGCCAACCCCAAGGAAUGUUGGGAAAUUCCUGUUGGUCGCUUGAAUAUAACUGUUCAGUUAGUUAGGAAUUUGUCUAGGGACACAGGACCACUUUUAGUCAGGGCUCUGGUGGAAGAGAUUACUGAAGAACAAUAUUAUAUGAUGAGGAGAUAUGAAAGUUCUCUCGUGCACCCCCCACCCCGCCCUCCCAAACAUCCUUCAGUGGAGGAGAUGAAGUUUACCCUGCUCAAUUUAGCAGAAGAAAGGACGGUGGAUCUGCCUAAGUCUCCCAAGAGUCACCAUGUAGGCAUGUCCAAGAAACUUCACUCAAAUCAAGCUGGCCUGGAUUCAAGAGUACCAGUUGGUUGUCCGAAUGAUUUGGCCAAUGUGGAGAGAGAGAAGAGCAAGCAGGGAUCACGGCAGUAGUCAGCACCAAUGUUACUACAGAAAUCUUCAAAAAUGAAAAACAUCAAAAAUAACAAGAUGUGAUGGAAGCCACUUGGGCAGUGAACAUAAAUGUUGCAAAGGAAAUGGAACCUUGCCUUGAGCUGAAAACCAACUAUCCCCAAAGGACGCCAGGAGAAUUUUCACUAGCCACUGCAAAGAGAGAACAAUCUUAAAAUUUUAACAGAUAAAACUCAAAGAGAGCUCUAUGAUAUGGAAUUCACAUCGACUAUUUUGUUGUGCCAAAAUCUGUAUGUAUUGUCUCAUCACUAGGCAUGUUUAUUUAAUGUGAACAGUUUUGAGUCUCUGGUUUCCACUACCAAUAAUUAAGCAAGUGAAAAUAUUUUUGUACUUCAAUUUCUAUGUAAAAUUGGUUAAAAAUAGGACGCUAGCUCUCCACAUAUUUUUAUCCUUUUUUCUAUAAUUUAUUUUGCCAUUAUUCUAAGACUAACUUAAAGAAAAAUAAUCAUAUCUGAGAAUGAUUUAAAAUACCCAGGUUUCUUAUGUGAUUCCCUGAGAACUGUGGAAAUGAGUUUGUUUAGGAGUUUGUUUUAUAAAUGCACUGUAAAUAAAUGUUUUGGAGUUUCAAUAGUCAAAGCCUUUGUGAAUUGUAGAAAUUUUCCAAAACUUCUUCCUCUAGCUUCUGAAAAUCCUGAGUUUAUGUCUUUAAUGUAUUAUGCCUUACUAUUUUGUGUACUAUAUAUUAGAUAAUUCUUUAUAUUGAUGUUUACUAGAAUUGUAGGAAAACAAUUUAGGUAAUCAUAAUAUUUGGUGCAAAUAGAAGGGCAAUAGAAUAGUAAUAAAAUAUAAGAUAUUUGGGUGACUAGAAGCCACAGUGAUCUAAUUAUUGUAUAUUAGAAUAAUACUUAAAGUUGUAGAUCUGUAAAAAUGACUUUAAGAGCAAUCACAUUUGACAAUUUAUCUUAUUAGGCAUGAAGUAUAUAGAAAUGUUAUUUUUUUUCCCUGUGAAAAUGAAGAGACAGAAUUUAUUUGGUUAAAGUUACGUACAAAGCCUUAGACUUUUUUUUAUAUAGGUCAUACUCCUUAUAAAAACUCACUUCAACUCAUAAUCAACUUGGACUAUAUGGAGAACUUAUUAGAUGAUUUAGCACCAAAGAGUAUCUGAGAACAAUAAAUCAUGACACAACUUUCCACAGGGGGGAAAAAAAAAAUUACAGUUAGUGAUCUUUGCUUCAGUGUUUAUAUUCCGAGGUAGCUUACUUCCCUUAUCUUUAAAAAAAAUUUUUUUUUCAUUUAAAGUUGCAAUAAAUCCUGAUUUCCAGUAACCUAAAGAUUGUUUAGUGAUUAGAUUGUGGUAAUAUCACUUAUUAUCUACACUUUCUGAAGUUAUAUGAGAUGAUUUGGCUUCUGUUUAUUUUAUCUGUUUAUGCCCAUAAGAACAACAUAUUUUCAAAGUCUAAUUUUGAAGACAAAAGAGAUGCCCACUCAAUCCUACAGCUGUAGCAAACUGCACCAAGGUGUUUUUGGACUCAUAGGAUUUGUUGUUUUUCAAAUAGAGGAUAUUUAUUGUUAUUUGUAAUUUGAUAUAGGAGAAUAAUUAGAUUUCUACUUUUAAUAAGUAUAAUUCUUUGAUUAUAAAAUUGAGACAAUGCAUAUACUAUUUUGAUUAUAAAUCAUCAAAUUUUUUGUUGGAAGUCAAAAACUAAUAAAACAAUUUUACAUA